GUGAGAGUGAGAUAGGUGGACUGGGGUGGCUUUAGUUUUUCCAGUCCCUUUUCUUCUUCCAUCGUUUCUUCAGGUAUCUCUUUAUUUUAGAACUCAGUUUCUGAAAUCUAUUAAUCUGUUUGUAAAUAAUCUGAAAUUGCUUAUUUUUACAAUCUCACAGCCAAUUUAGAGAAGCCUUGUAUCUUUAUGUUCAAAUGCCUAAGCUAGGAUUGUGCCCUACAACACAUGCCAUUUCUUCUGCAUUAAGGGCAUGUGCUAGGACUGGAUGUAAAAUAGGCGGACCUAUGAUUCAUGGUCAGGUUCAUAGAUAUGGGUUUUGCAACUGUGUUUAUGUCGAGACAGCACUUGUGGAUCUUUAUACUAAGUUGGGUGAUAUGAAGAUGGCUAGUAAGGUUUUUCAGGAGAUGCCAGUGAAAAAUGUGGUUUCAUGGAAUUCAAUUUUAUCUGGGCAUUUGAAAUCUGGGAAUCUCGCAGAGGCUCAUCGGGUGUUUGAUGAGAUUCCUAAGAAAGAUGUUAUUUCUUGGAAUGCAAUCCUAUCUGGGUAUGCAAGAACAGGGAAUGUUGAUAUGGCAUCCUUUUUGUUUCUCCAGAUGCCAGAGAAGAAUUUGGCUUCUUGGAAUGCAAUGAUUAGUGGUUAUGCUGAAUGUGGAAAAAUGGAAUCAGCACGGAGCCUCUUUGAUGUGAUGCCUCAAAGAAAUAUUAUUUCUUGGAUCACAAUGAUUUCUGGUUACUCAAGAUGUGGGGAUAUUGUUUCUGCCCGGGAACUCUUUGAUCAAAUGGGGGAAAAGGAUCAUUUAUCCUUUAAUGCCAUUAUAGCUUGCUAUGCUCAAAACAACCAACCAGAAGAGGCCCUCAAAUUGUUUAAUGAGAUGCUUGAUGGUGGUAGAAAUACCCAGCCAGAUGAGAUGACUCUGGCAAGUGUCAUAUCUGCUUGUUCACAACUAGGAGAACCAAGAUUUGGUCCAUGGAUUGAGUCGUGUAUAAAUAAUCUUGGGAUCCAAAUGGAUGAUCAUAUGACUACAGCUUUAAUUGAUUUGUAUGCCAAAUGUGGGAGCAUUGAUAAGGCACAGAACUUGUUUCAUAGUCUGAGAAAGAAGGAUGUGGUUGCUUACAGUGCAAUGAUAUUGGGAUGUGGCAUCAAUAGUAAGAUUGACGAUGCCAUUAUGUUAUUCAAAGAAAUGAUAGAUGCACAGGUUCUUCCAAAUCUGGCCACGUUCACUGGAUUAUUAAGUGCGUAUAGCCAUGCUGGUCUGGUUGAAGAAGGCUUCCAGUGCUUUUGCUCCAUCAAGGACCAUGGGCUUGUGCCCUCAACUGAUCAUUACGCAAUCAUGGUAGAUCUUUUAGGCCGGGCUGGAAGAUUAGGAGAAGCAUAUGAACUUAUAAAGAGUAUGCCCAUGCAGCCUCAUAUUGGAGUUUGGGGGGCUUUGCUCCUUGCCUGCAGUUUGCAUAACAACGUUGAGUUUGGAGAGGUUGCUGCCCAGCAUUGCUUUGAGAUGGAGCCUGGUACAUCUGGUUAUUACUCUCUUCUUGCUAACAUCUAUGCCUCUGUUGGGAGGUGGGAUGAUGCCAGAAGAUUGAGAAGUAUUAUGGAAAAGAAGAAAUUGGCCAAGGCGCCUGGGUGUAGUUGGAGAGAUUUUUCUUGAUUCUUCAAUGAAUGGGACGACGCACAUAUUUACUGCAUCAAGACCAGAAAACUUGUUCAGGCUUCUAAGGCUGCUGAUACAUGAUGGUGAAUGCAACUAAAGGACUGUUCAUUUCAUGUGAUGUUCCCAUGGCUCAGUUCAUCAUCAAUUUGAAUGCCUCGAUGCCAGCAUCACAGAAGUUCAUAAUACAUAUUCUGGAUAACACACACCUAUUUGUGCAACCUCAUGCAGCUGAAAUGAUUCGAAUCGCCAUUUCUGAGUUCAGAGAGCAGAAUUCGUAUGAGAAACCUGCUUGAUACCAUUGCUUCGCUUGUUUCUUUAGCCUGUUCAUGUCAUCUGGGAAAACUGAUAAAUCAAGCAGAUAUUUUGAACUGGAUUUCCUGCUAUUAGUUUGAUUGUGAUUUAAGUUAAAAAAAAAAAAAAAAAUUCUGCCGGUGAGUUAUUGUAUUUCUUUACGAAGUUAAAUCGUACCAACUUAUAAAAUUAUAUCAUGUUU